AUGCCUAAACUUUUGCAAGUUCCGCUCCGACAGAGCGACCCAGCGGCGCUGGGUGCGGGUCUGCAGGAAUUCCUGGAAAGAGAAUUCCAUCAGACGUCAGCCAACGUGCGCCGGGAUUGCCAGUUAAUCGACAAGAUGCGAACGCGAGCCUUAGAUGGGUCUUUACCUAGUCUUUUUGAAUAUUAUGCCAAUCUAUGUGGACUCAUGACAAGAUUCCCUGUAGAGUUAACUACUGAUUUUGCAUGGUAUGGGUCAUUGGGAUAUACUCAAUCUGGACCAGUUCGCAGUGCAUCGCUGCGAUUCGAACAAAUUAAUAUUGUGCACAAUGUUGGCGCUUUGUACAGUCAUUUAGCGGCGCAGCAGCUGGCCAGCGAUAGUAAAGGAUGUAAGUUUGCAUAUAACUAUUUCCAGUUUGCAGCUGGGUGUUUCCGAUAUAUUGUGGAUAUUCUGCUUCCUGCGCUUGUUGAGCACGCGCCACCGCUCGAUCUUAAUUCGGCAGUGCAUGAAACGCUGUAUUAUAUAUGUCUUGCUCAGGCCCAAGAAUCGUUUUGGCAAAAGGCUGUGAUUGAACAAUCUAAGAAUGGAACCAUUUCAAAGUUAGCAGCUCAGGUGGCGGUAUACUAUGGGGACGCGCUGACGUUUGCUGUGCGGUGCGCGGUGUUGCGGACCGAAUGGAUCCGCCAUCUCAAAAUCAAAAAGGCCCAUUUUUCUGCAGUAGCACAAUAUCGUGCUUCUAAAGAGUGUUUGGAGACUGAGAAGUAUGAUUUGGAGGUUGCACGGUUACGAGCAGCCAAAGAAGCAGCCAAUAUUGCAUUCCCAUCUGGAGAAGCACCCAGCGAAGCUAUUGAUGAUCUUAAGGAUCUUCAAGAGCGUAUCAGAUCAGAUUUGGAACGCGCAGAAAGAGAUAAUGAUUUGAUUUAUCAAAAGCUUGUGCCUUCUGUAUCGUCACUGCCCGUGAUUUCCCCCAUCAGUAUGGCGAAAGCAGUUGUUCCACCAGAGAUUAAGGAACCGACCAAAGAUGGGCUACUCUUUUCUUACAUUUUACCUUAUGCCGUGUACCAAGCAGCAAGUGCAUAUAAGGAGCAGCUUGUUAGUUAUGUGGAGACAGCAUUUGUGAGUCAAAGCAAGGUGAUUUCUACGGAAUUCCAGCGUGUGUUGGAGGAAUUGGGGCUUCCUGGGUCAUUAGAGGCUGUAGAAAAGCCACAGGGGCUUCCUGGGUCUCUCACAUCACACAUUGCGGAACUAGAAGCCUGUGGUGGUCUUGCCGAGUUGCAGCGAGCACUGGCAGAUGUGUCUACACUGGCACGACGAGCGGGACAGGUACUUGAUGAGGGAGCUGAGCACUUGAAGUAUGAGGAAAAUGAGGAUCGCAUGAUGCGAGAACGCGAAGGUACUGCGCGGUGGCGGCGGCCAGAAUCGCGGGUGGCAGCUGCAGUGUUAUGGGAGCGACUUGGACGUGCACGGGAAAUGCAAAAAGCAGCAGCUGAGGGCGACGCUAGGGUUUUGGCCAAGUUUAAGCUGACUGAACCUUAUUUGGUUGAAAUGACACAGGGGGCCGAGCAUGUUGCACAAAUCAUUCCGGAUGCAUUUGCUGGGAAUGGUGGUCUGGCGGGUUCAAACAACAAUGAUGGAUACCUGGAGCACGUGAUGCAAAGACUUAAGGAAGCCUUGUUGCGUGCACGAGGUGCUGAGACUCGACGACGAGAGUAUGCAGCUAGUCAAGUACAAGCGGCUGCUAAUGUGGACAUGUUGGGUGAGAUUAUUGAUGAUUAUAAUUCCCGAUGGGGGGUUCCUGGUGAAGAAGGUGGUGGUGAGUUGCAAGCUUCAUCGUUUGAACCGAUUUACAAGCGGCACUUGAAAAGAUAUGAAAUAUCUGCUCCGGAAUGGGUGAAGCAAGAGCGGAGUCUUCAAGUGGAGCUUGUUUCUCUGAUUAAGAGAUUGAAUGAGGAAUUUUUGGCAGCGCGGGAGACAGAUGAUCGGACAAUUGCACGGGAGAAUAUGAUUCAAAAUUUGGAGGUUGCAUUUUUUAAAUUUGUAGAGCUGAUGGGGGAUGUAGAAGAGGCACGACGGUUUUACAAUACGUUUAAUGAAAGUGCAGUACAAUUUGAGACGGCUUGCAAGACGUAUGUUUAUGAACGUCGGGUUGAGGGCCGUAAGCUAGAGGCUGCUAUUGCUGAAGAGCAUGAUGAAUCGGUGGCUGGGGCUGGGGCUGGGGCUGGGGCUGGGGUUACAGCGAGUCCUACACCUGCAGCGGUAUUGAAUUCUGUACAAGAGCAGCAGACAGGUUCUACGGCUGGUUCGACUUCUGGGUCUGUUUCUUCAACGCCAACGCCAUAUCGUAAUCGGGUGUGGACUCCUGGGAGUGAGAUUCGGUUUGGUUAG